CUCUCUCUCUCUCUCUCUACAAAAAUGUCAAAUAUAAUGAAGAGGAGCUAUGAUGGAAAUGAAGAUGGCGCAGAGCAGCGAAAAGGGCCUUGGACACUUGAGGAAGACACUCUUCUCACCAAUUACAUUGCCAAUAACGGUGAAGGCCGAUGGAAUCUGCUCGCUAAAUCGUCUGGGCUUAAAAGAAAAGGAAAAAGUUGCAGAUUGCGAUGGUUGAAUUAUCUUAAACCUGACAUAAAGCGAGGGAAUCUCACUCCUCAAGAACAACUCUUAAUCCUCGAGCUCCACUCUAAAUGGGGUAAUAGGUGGUCAAAAAUUGCGCUGUAUUUACCCGGAAGAACAGACAACGAGAUCAAAAACUACUGGAGGACUAGAGUUCAGAAACAAGCACGCCAGCUCAACAUCGAUUCCAGCAGCCACAAGUUCUUGGAAGUUGUGCGUAGCUUCUGGGUUCCAAGAUUGAUCCACAAGACGAAAGAUAACUCGGACACCAACACUAAAGCUCCUCCUCCUGAUUCACUUGGACCCGUUAUACGAGAUACCGAUUUCUCUCAAGAACCGGGUUUCAACAUGGAUUGUUCCAGUACUACCAUGUCUCAAGAUCUCAAGAAAAUUUCAGAAUUCAUGGAUUUGUCUGAUCUUGAGACCUCAAGCUCUUCAAUGUACUUGGAUGGAUCACGAGGGAGUAGUAGUCAGUCUGUGAGUGAAAAUUAUAGUAGCUGUUUCCCUUGCAUAGAGGGGGAUUACACGGUGGCCACCAUGGGUAAUUCAGACAUUUUACCAUUGCAUGAUUGUCACAUAGCAGAUUCGGCUUACGAGGAGGAUGUGACACAAGAUCCAAUGUGGAACAUGGAUGAUAUUUGGCAGUUUAAGGAGUACGCAUACUUUAAUUAGGUUGUGGAGCCCAUGGAUAUGGAUAUUCUUACAACCUCAAAGGAGUUUCUAAGUAUUCUAUUAUCAUUUGUUUGCUUUGUUACGGCUUAUAGUUAAAGUCUGAAUUAUUUGAAAUUAAGUUCAAAGAGAGCUAAUGUAAAACUAUGAGUUAAUAAGUUUCUAUAUGAGUCUUUUACGUAGAAA